UUCAAAUUUCAAAUUCCUUCUCCCACCCACGCGGAAGCCGGCAGAGCGAUGAGGAAGGCGAAAGCAGCCACCGCCGCCUCCAAGCCCAAGGCGAAGCCGAAGCCCAGGACCAGGGCCGCGCCCAAGGCGAAGCCCAGCCCCGCCUCCCUGCUCCCCGGCGGCUCCUCGCCGUCCGCCGGCGGCAGCGGCACGUCCUCCCCCGCGGCCGACCUCAGCUUCUUCUCGGACUCGCCCUCGCGCUCGCCGGCGAAGCCCAGGUCAAGGAGCUCCCCACUCGCCUCCCCCGCGGCCUCCCCUCUCGCCGCCCCCGCAGCCAUGUCCACCAUCGGCGACCUGAGGAGCCUCGCCGCGUCCCACCUCGACUCCCUCAAGCGCCGCCUCGACGCGCUCCACGGCGACUCCGUCCGGGACCUCGAGGCAUCCCACUCCCGCCUCUCCAAGCGCGUCAAGAUGCAGACGCAUGGUUGCCUGCAGCUGGCGGAGGAGGCGGACAAGGAGCACAAGAAGGUGGCUGACAAGAUCACCGAGCGCACCGAGGUGGUGAAGAACUCAUACAAGAAGUUCGUGGCUGAGGUGCAGGCAUCUACAUCUCGUGUGUGCAAGGUGACUGUCACGGAGAUAGCAAAGUCGGCGGAGAGGGCUAUUGAUGGCUUGCGCAGUCGCUACAACAUCUCAGCUACACCCGCUUAGUCAGCAGUUCAGGCUUAUGUUCAUACGCUCACCAAGUAGGCAUUGCGCCAUUGUCUGCAUCAACAGGGCUCAGCUGUUGAAUUUUUCAGCAUCACUAGGAGGGGCAUGUACAUUUGUAAAUAACAGUUGCACGCACAUCAUAUAGUUCUUAUGCUACUGUAUCACUUUCAGAUAUGUCAAAAAAUCGAUACUUGGGCUUCCGAUCCCCGGAACUUUCUUCUUCUGCUUCGUUACGUUUCUUGUGCAUCCUGUAAGAUGCUAUUUUUGGGUGUAGCUCCUGGGAUGUGAACCUUGAAGGGUUGAAUUUAGUCCGUAAUACAAGUCGUCGUCUGAAGAAUGUCCAUCAACCGCUGAUCUAAGUGGGAUGGGGCCAUCUUCUGCUAAGGUGUUUGGGUUCCCAUUGUUUUGUCUGUAAGUGCUGCUACAAUGCGAUGAACCUUUUGAUCUAUGGUUAGGACAACCUUGGAAGAAACAUCUACAGAUCAUACCAAACUUGCUAGAUUGGUUUGGGAGAUGCUGGAAGUGUUCGAUGAGUAUUGGUAAAAUUCAUGUGUGGUUAUCAGUUCCUGCUGUUGAUCCCAGAUUCAAACAUAUACCCGUUUUGAGUUUCAUCUAUGAGACUAUGACAAGCCUUUUAUAAUUAUUGAUUUUCUAGCAAA